UGGGGCACACAGACGAACACAUCGCGGGGGAUUAACCAGGCCACUCGUUCGCUCGCUCCCAGGAGCUCCUCCACUCCUCGAUUCCCGAAUCUUCCCGCCGAAGGAAUGUGCUGGUGUGCGCCUAUCGCCACCGCGCCCGUCGCCGGCGGCCGGUUCCCUCCGCCCUCUCUCCGCUGCCGCCGUCGUCGAGGGAGAUCGGUCCGCGCGGACGCCUCCCCGGAGCCCGUCGACACGCAGCGGAAGAAGGUCGCCGUCGCCGGGGCCGGCUGGGCAGGCCUCGCCGCCGCGCAUCACCUCGUCAAACAGGGAUACGAGGUCACGCUUCUGGGGGCCGAGAGCGGCCCAACCGAGGAGAUUGGUCUCAGAGGGUUUUGGUACCCAUACCGUAACAUUUUCUCGUUGGUGGAUGAGCUCGGGAUCUCGCCUUUCACAGGGUGGACUAAAGCUGCAUACUACUCUUCACAAGGGCUUGCAGUGGAAUUUCCCAUUUUUCAUGACCAGCCCCGAUUACCAGCUCCCUUUGGAAUGUUAACAUAUCCAGAAUUCCCAAGUCUUCCUUUAAUUGAUAGGUUGACAUCGAUUCCUGUCAUGGCUGCAGUCAUUGACUUCAACAACACAGACACUGCUUGGAUGAAAUAUGAUGCAAUGAGUGCAAGAGAUCUGUUUAAGAUGUUCGGUUGCUCUCAAAAACUCUACAAGGAAAUUUUUCAACCAGCAAUUCAGGCCGCCCUGUUUGCUCCAGGUGAGCAAUGCAGUGCAGCUGCAACACUGGGGAUGUUGUAUUACUAUAUGCUCUCUCAUCAGGAAAACUCUGAUUUUUUGUUGUGCCGUGGGGAAGUGGAAGACAUAAUUUUCUCUCCUUGGUUGAAAUCACUGGAACUGCAAGGCUUAAAAUUCCAUGGAAACAGAGUGCCAACAAGUUUGGCCAUAAAUAAGGACACUGCAUGUAUCUCUGGAAUUGUCUGUGGAGAGGAGGUACAUGAGGCAGAUGCAUUUGUUUUGGCUAAUGGACUCUCUUCGCUACAAUAUAUCAUCAAGAACAGUCCGUUUCUACAGUCUCGGCAAGAAUUUGUUAAUCUUCUUCAUCUGUCCACGAUUGAUGUGGUCUCUAUAAAGUUAUGGUUUGAUAAGAAGAUCACAAUUCCAAAGGUUGCCAAUGUUUGUUCUGGUUUUGAUGAUCCAUCUAGGUGGACAUUCUUUGACCUUACUUCAAUAUAUGAUGAUUAUGCUGACAAAUCAACAACAAUUGUGGAGGCUGAAUUUUACAAUGCUAGCCAUUUGCUGCCACUGAAUGAUGAGCAGAUCGUUUCUGAGGCUUCAUCACACCUUAUCAAAUGCAUACAGGAUUUUGAGGAGGCUACCGUGAUCCAACAAUUGGUCAGAAGAUCUCCUAAAUCUACAAUGCACUUCCUUCCAGGUUCUUACAAGUACACAGUGCGAGGAUCAACUACCUUACCAAAUUUGUUUAUUGCUGGUGAUUGGAUAGUGAACCGACAUGGGUCCUUUUCAAAGGAAAAGGCAUAUGUGACUGGACUCGAAGCUGCUAAUAGGGUGGUGGACUAUUUUGGUGAUGGCGACUUUGCGAAAAUAAUUGCAGUUGAAGAAGACGAGCCUCAUAUAGAGACAGCACGGAAUCUCAAUAGAAGAGCCAACGAAUUAAAGACUCAGAUUCCUUUCUCGGAGUUCUUUCUCUAAUCACAUAACUGGGAGCUUUUCAGUAUGACCAUGAGAUUUAUGCUCUACAACUCAUUCAGAAAAAAGACCUUUGUCAUUGACGCUUCAACUGAAUUAAGUUAGCAAUAAUUAAAAAAGUAGAAAAGAAGGUAUAUCCAGUCUUCUGGAGUUGCGGUAGCAUAUACUCGAACAUGUCUAUACAAAUUUAUUCACAAAGAGACCAGAGAGUUUCCUCAGAACGGAAUCAACAGUGGGCCGGAGUAAUGUGACGAGCCAAGCCGGCCCAGAAGAUAUUCCGGCUUACAAAACUCAGAGCGGAAUCAACUAUGGGCUGGAGGUAAUGACCUGGUAAGUCUAUCUUGACUCAAAAAGACGUUUUAUUAACAUGGUGGCAUGUGCUUUCACGGCUUCUGGCCUCAGCAAGCGGUGACGCGCGCUCUGGCAAUCGCUAACACCCGGAGCCGCCUCGCCCGCCGCCCGCCGGUGGCGCCCCGCGUCGAUCGGCUAGGGGCGAGGGGCUCAGCUGAUGUCUACGCUACGCGAGAGAGCGGGCGGAUGCCACCUCUUCCACUACUAAUCUCUUUCAGCGGCGCGUGGCCUGAGCAGGGAGAGUAGCAGACGCAGCAGCGCCAACCUGCCCCGUGACGGGCACCGCGCACCAUUUCGGACCGAUAUGCCGUGACGGGACGCCGCAUUGCGCUUCUGAUAAAGCAUCCGGAGAGUCAAACUCGAUUCGGAAGUUCAGUGUACUUCGUCGCCCACACGGAUGGGUUGGGGGCAUGAAUCCGAAGUGAGAUCAUUUCCAUGGGAAAAGAGGCCAAAAAGAUAAACUAAGGAAAUAGUCCAUUCAUGUGUUUCUCUCCAAUAUACGUCAUAAAACCUUUUUUUCUUCUCUUUACGGAUAUCAAUAUACAAAAGUUCCUUUGAAGGCUAGCAUAUGUGUGGUGUUUGCAGUCCAAGGUAAGAAAGUACAGUAAUAAGUACCCUUGGUGACCGACCGGUACAGUUCUUCAGUUAUCAAUUCUUCUCAGAUUAAACAGCUGUGGUUGUAUAUAACAAGUAAACUGGUUUUCAGAAUUGCAGCACUAGAGUGGUGUGAAGGCCUGAAUGGGUUCAUCAUGAUUCUUGAUGCAAACUCAGUCUAGGUCUUUCUUUGUCCUUAAUUAAUAUAUAUUUGUGAAGACCUAACUUCGAGUCCAGAAAACAAAAGGAGCUUUUCGUUGUUUCUUUUGAAGCCUAGUAACAAAAACGAAGGAACACUGUGUUAAACCAAAACUAAAAAGGAAGAAUAUGUGAACCUUUUGUAUGCCGGUAAGGCCGUAUGGAAUUUCAACUGCACUCGUUUUCAAAUUAAUAGAUGUGGUUGACUAAGUAGAAAAAAGAAAUACUAGUAUGCUGAUGCAAGCUAGUGUGAUCCAGGGGUUCGUUUUGUUUCUUGACACACGCUUGAGUCUUAUUCUUUAUUACCCCAAAGCACCUUCCUAAUCCUACCUAUUACUUUGGUUAACUUUAGAAGACACUGACUCUACCAACUAACAUGUAAGCAAACACUAGUUGCAUAACCGUUGGUUGAGAAGAGUAGACGAGAAGGGACCCAGUCUAGUAGUAUUCCUCUAGAAGAUUAGGUUGCUGUAGCCAUGACUGUGAGUUGUGACUAGGUUUUUUCAGUGGGCAAGGCAACACCCUACACAUGAAGCCUUGAAGAGUUGGUGUAUAUAUAUCAGAUGACCCUGUUGAGCCUGAACUUACAAUUUAGAAAGAACAAGGAAGACAGCAGGUGACACCUUUGCGGACACACCAAAACUGCCGGCCAUAGCCCAUAUUCCCACAAGAAGAUGGCGAUCCCGGUUUACAGCAUCACAAGGGCAGAGAUCGAGGAGUUCUGGAGGAGAAAGGAGAUGGAAGAAGAGGAGCAGCGCCUCACCGCCGAGAAGGAAGCUGCAAGAAUCAAAGCCAAGACACUUAUGGUCAGUUCUUCUUCUUAUUGAUCAAUCGUAAUUUGUUGUAUUACCAAUCACUAUCUCGUCCUCUGAUCUCCUUUACCAGCUCAGGUUCAGUAUGGUUCUUAGUCAAAAAAAAGUUCAGUAUGGUAUUUAGCAUAGCAGAUAAAUCGACGCAUGUAAGGCAAUAAAAAUCUGCGAUGCAGAUACAGGCCAAAUUAUCCUACCAUGAAUUUGGAGUUCAAAAAUACUGUGACUUGUGGUGUCUGAAUUGUUUGAAAAGCAGAUUGAAGAUUAUGCGAUCUUCGAGCAAAUGAUAAGGGAGAUUCUUGAGGAGGGUAUCAAAGGUGACAGCGCAAGGGCGGAGAGAGACAUCACCACGAACGGCGCCGCUGCCACCAAGAGCACUGAGGGAAGGAUUGGCAUCAAAGAUUGGUGGAGAAAAAGCACUUAUGCUUAUCUGAAUGAACCAGCAAUGACAUCCACGGAUGAGAACGGCAGAAGGAAGCACGCCAUCAAAUACAUCCCACAGGAGAGAUGCAUGAACUUCUUCUCAUCGAUUCCAAGUCAACAUAAUACUACUACUUUUGCAAUCUUCUAAAUGGGCAAGCCAAUGAUAAGCUGAGGCAUAUUGGCAAAUUAGAAAAUAUGCAAGUGGUAUAUGCAUCAGCAAUGCUAUGGGUGGAAUAAACUACAUUGUUUUUAAGUGUAUAAGUAUGUCCAAACUGAAUGGUACUUUAAAGUUAAUCAUUUUGUAACCUUGUUGCCUUGCGUGGUAUAGAAAGCAGGCCAUUUUAACUUAUUAUUCAUUGUAAAAAAAACAAUUUUAGUUGGUGCUUGCAAUGAUAUAUCAGAAGCUAUUGCCAACACUUC